AUGUCAAAUGUCGCUGAUCUGCAUCGUUACUUAAAAGAAACACGCGAAAACAGAAAACAGCUUAUUGCGUUAGCUAAAAAAUAUAUUAAAUCCGAAGACAAAAAGCUAAAGAAAAACAGCCCAAAAAAUCGUCAAAUCAGCUGCAAAAAUUGUCUUUUCCCACAACUUAACAGAUUUAAUAAUCAAGAAAUAAAACUCGUAGAAUGCCCAAUAAUAGCUUUAGUUUCAAAGCCAAUAGCUCCUUUAAGUCACAGAAUUCGUAGAGAAAAAUCAUUUCUUACACCUAAUUUGAAAGAAAAAUAUGAAGUAAUGGAUUAUGUAUAUUCCAAAAGAAUUAAUCGACCCAGCCCUAGUCGCUCUUUUCAAAUUCUCGAAAGCAGAAAUAAAAAUAUUGGUGAUCAUAAAAGAUUUGCUAGAAAUAGAUCAAGUGAACCUAAUGUGAAAAUAUAUCACAACUCCCGUUCACAUAGAUCUACAACCCCUGAUUUUGAUGAUAACUUGAAAAAUAAAAAAUCAGAUCCAUUUCUGUGGAUUCAAAGAAGAAGAAUGCUUUUAAAAGAAAAACUUUUGAUUAAAUCACCAACAAGUUUAUCCUGUAUAAAUUAA